UCAUAGUUCUUGAGAAGUCUCCUUAUGUUUUAAUGAUUAACUGCAUAUUUUCCAAGUGCCCUUCUUUCUUUUCAUGGUUCCCAUGGGUCCCAACCCCUAGAGUCACAAUAAGACAUGAGGAGUAUUAAGUGUUUCUCUCCAAACACAUUCCUUUUGUUGACUAGACUCUUAUCAGCAGCUGAAGCUUCACCAUAGUAACAGCUGGUAACUGGCAACAUGUACAGUUACAUCAAGAGAAAUAGAGCCAAGGAGAAGCCCCCAGAUUGAAGACUUAGGUCUUAGGUCUGGGCUACAGUUUGUUUACAAUAUAAUGCUGAGCGAUUUGAGAAGAAGGCACAGAGGCUAAGGUUCAGUAGAACUCACUCAGCAUUAAUACACAGCAGUUAGUAACAGUUUGAAAAUCUAAACAACUCAUUCUCAAUCAUUCAUUUCAGUUUCAUUGUGGAAGAGAUCCAAAUUGCCAUGACGACUGUGAGGAGCCAGGUCCACCAGAACAUGACCGGAUUCUACACUGAGGGAAAGGUCUCCAGCAAUGGAACUAUAUUAAUAUUUGAAAACUCUACUCUGAAUAAAGUCGUAAAUGUCUUAACCUUUGGCAUGCUCCUUCUCACCAUGAUAUCUAUUGGCUUGUCAGUGGAGAUUCUAAAAAUGAAAGCUUAUUUCCUCAAACCUAAAGAAGCUGCCAUGGCAAUGCUGGCCCAGUUCGGCAUCAUGCCGCUGGCUUCUUUCUGCAUAUCGAAAGGCCUACACUUAGAGCGCAUCAAGGCUCUGGCUCUAAUCAUCUAUGGCUGCUGUCCAGGAGGAACGUUUUCAAAUCUUUUUUCACUGGCCAUCAAGGGUGACAUAAAUCUCAGCAUCGUCAUGACGACCUGCUCCAACAUCGCUGCCCUUGGUAUGAUGCCUUUGCUGCUUUACAUCUACUGUCAAAACUACAGGGGUCUGGAAAAGCUGGUACCGUACUUGAACAUCAUCAUUGCUCUUGCACUGACCAUGGUGCCGUGUGCUUUUGGAAUCGCCAUCAAACACUAUAAACCACAGCACGUAUUGACCAUGAGGAGGGUUAGCUUCAGCCUGCUGGGAAUCAUUUCCAUUACAGUUAUUGUCCUCACUGCGUAUUCGAUCGAAGACCAAAUGUUGCUGGUUCUCUCAGCAGAUAUUCUUACUGGUGCUGCACUGCUCCCGUUGACAGGCUAUAUGCUGGGAUACGCAAUGUCCAAGAUAUGCAAGUUUGAUUCAAAAUGCUCUAGGACCAUCUCCAUGGAGACAGGAUGUCAAAACACCAACUUGUGUUUGACCAUCUUAAAGGUGUUUUUCCCACCACAGCUCAUUGGACCCAACUUAGUCUUCCCAUUUGUAUUCCUUUUAAUGCAGGUCUUUGAGGCCCUGCUCUUGAUCCUGGUCUAUAGAUGCUACAAAAAGACACAAACUAGGAGUGCAAAAAUACACAGGGAUGCUGAUGUUCAGCCAGAGGCGGUGCAAUUACAACAGCAUCAUGAAGAAGCUGGGACUGAAGAGGAAGACAAAGAGAAGCUGAAUAUUGCACACUGAGGAUGUAGCGACUCAACAUUCCUGUCUCUGCAUCAGCUUUAUCUAAACAGUCACAGUUUAUACUGUCUUUAUCUUCAAUCAGGUCUUUACCAUGUAAAUAAUGGGUAACUCAUAUGAGACACAUCUUGACAUUGAAGAUUUGUAAUACAAUUUCGAUUAAAAUGAGUGUGACCUGUCAUCUGUGGGACUGUACACUAUUAAACACGUUCAGGGAUGUUGAAUGCCGAAAAGAAAACAGGCGGUUUCUGGCUAAAUGAACAAUCUGUGGCUUUCCAACAACUGUCUGCUUUGAUUCAAAAUGAAAGGCUGCUAAACGUCUUAGAAGCAGUGUCUUUAUUCAAACACACCUAAAAUAUAACCUUUUGUUAAAAACGCAAAACCAUGUCUGAACGUUUGUCUGUAAACUGGCGGAGUAACACGCUAGCAGUCAGGUAAGUCAAAACACUGCAGGUUGAAAGGUUUGUCAUUCUGGUGUUGUAGGAUAUGAAUGUUUUUUAGCCACAACACGUUUUUUUCUUUGGACACAUCAUCAAUAGCAAAGGUUUUUGCACAUUUUAGGUCAUAAUAUGUUCAGUUUUACACAGCUCGCUUUUUAGCUGUGAUGUUCUGCAUUAAAGGUCAGUGGGACUUAAAAGCCCUGUGCAGUUUGUGUUUGUGGGUUGUAUUGUUAUAAUUAUAUAAAAUCUGAUUGUAGUACUAUAUAUUAAUACUCUUUUAUAUAUGAUUACUGUAUAUAUGUAAUACCUGAUAGUAACAAAACUGGAGCCCCUCUUGAUUUCUUCUUUUUUUCGGUAUUGGGGGCAAAUGUGGGCUGCACCCCAUAACUCUCCCCUUUCUGUCAUGACUCCGGUGGGAGAGGUGGGUGCUGUUUCACCUUCCAUAAUAUAUUCAUAUUUAUGUCCAAUAGUUAUAUAUUAAGUUUUUUUCAGAUUGUUUAUAGUCGUCAUCUGAUUACUCUUUUAUACAUGUAUGUCAAUACUUUUAGGUCCCACACACCGUUAGCUUAAAAAGUUGUAGUAAACAAGCUAACUUCAGUUAUGUGUUUGUUUCGGGACAGGAGAGAGGGCAGAUUUUUACCUUGGUGUGGGUUGUGUUUUGUUCUUUUCAUCAGGUAUAUGAAUGUGUUUAAUUAAUUUUCAUAGUUUUGUAACUUACGUUGUUGCAGCGCGCCGCGUUCACUCUCGGUGUCGUUGUGACCCUUGAGGCUUGCCAUAGGAAUCACAGUUGGCUUGACAAGUCAGACUCCCGGUGAUCAGUGUCCACAGCAGCUCUAUGAAUAUUACUGAUUAGUUCCUUACACUGUUGGGUUGUUUAGCAAUUAAGCACACACUUCCUCUAAAUCCUUUCAAAAUAAAAGCACCACUCCAAAUCUUCAGCUUUAAAGUAAUAUUUUUGCUUUCAACUGGUUAAUUCCGACUUUUUAAAAAUACUCUUUUAUGGUUCAGUAAUUACCCUCCACGCGCUCUAAAUCCUUUCAAAAAAAAAAAAAAAACGUAUCCAAUUUUUUA